GCCCAGCUCCCUGCGCCCAGCCGCGCCGCCGCGCCAACAUGCCCGCCGUCGACAAACUCCUCCUGGAAGAGGCUUUGCAGGACAGCCCGCAGACUCGGUCUUUGCUCAGCGUAUUUGAAGAAGAUGCAGGAACCCUUACUGAAUAUACAAACCAGUUGCUUCAGGCAAUGCAACGAGUCUAUGGUGCUCAGAAUGAAAUGUGUCUUGCCACGCAACAGCUUUCGAAGCAGCUCCUUGCCUAUGAAAAGCAGCAUUUUGCCUUAGGUAAAGGAGAUGAAGAAGUGAUAUCCACCCUUCAUUACUUUUCAAAAGUUGUGGAUGAGCUCAAUAUUCUUCAUUCUGAACUGGCAAAACAACUUGCAGAUACAAUGGUUCUACCAAUAAUACAAUUUCGGGAAAAAGAUCUCACAGAAGUAAGCACGUUGAAGGAUCUUUUUGGCCUGGCUAGCAAUGAACAUGACGUGUCCAUGGCAAAGUAUAGCAGGUUACCGAAAAGGAAAGAAAAUGAAAAGCUUAAGGCAGAAGUGGCAAAAGAAGUGGCAAAUGCAAGAAGAAAGCAGCACCUUUCAUCUCUGCAAUAUUACUGUGCCCUGAAUGCUCUGCAGUACAGGAAGAGAGUGGCAAUGAUGGAACCUAUGCUAGGAUAUACAAGAGGACAGAUCAACUUUUUUAAGAAAGGAGCAGAGAUGUUUUCCAAAAGAAUGGACAGCUUUUUGUCAUCUGUUUCAGACAUGGUUCAAAGCAUACAGGGAGAACUGGAUGCUGAAGCUGAAAAAAUGAGGGUAUCCCAGCAGGACUUAAUUGCAGUUAAUGAAUCUGUUUACACCCCAGAUUCUGAUGUAACUUCACCUGCUAUCAAUAGAAAUCUCAUCCAGAAGGCUGGCUACCUUAAUCUUAGAAAUAAAACAGGUCUGGUGACUACAACUUGGGAAAGACUGUAUUUCUUCACUCAAGGUGGCAACUUGAUGUGUCAGCCAAGGGGAGCAGUAGCUGGAGGAUUGAUUCAGGACCUGGACAACUGCUCUGUUAUGGCUGUAGACUGUGAAGACAGAAGAUACUGCUUUCAGAUCACUACUCCUACAGGCAAAGCGGGUAUAACCCUUCAAGCAGAAAGCAAGAAAGAAUAUGAGGAGUGGAUAUGUGCCAUCAACAACAUCUCCAGACAGAUCUAUCUCACUGACAAUCCAGAGGCAGCUGCAAUCAAGUUAAAUCAGACAGCCCUACAAGCAGUGACUCCCAUUACCAGCUUUGGGAAAAAACAUGAAGUUCACCACCCCAGCCAGAAUGUAAGGAAUAUGGAAAAUGAUAAAAUAAUUCCCAGUGAAUCAGCUGGAAUUCAAGACUCCACACAACUCAUUGCUCCUGGAACACCAAUUCAGUUUGAUAUCGUACUGCCUGCCACAGAAUUCCUGGACCAGAACAGAGGUGGCAGGCGUGCAAACCCAUUUGGGGAAUCAGAAGACAGCAGUAAAGAUGAGGAGGAAGAUUCACUUUUGCAGCAGAUGUUCGUAGUUCGGUUUUUAGGAUCUAUGGCUGUUCAGACAGAUGAAACAAGUGAGGUGAUUUAUGAAGCUAUGAGACAAGUGUUAGCUGCUCGUGCCAUUCACAACAUAUUCCGUAUGACUGAAUCCCAUCUCAUGGUCACCAGCAAGAACUUGAGGUUAAUAGAUCCUCAAACACAAGUUACACGAACAAGUUUUGAACUUGCCACUGUGACACAGUUUGCUGCUCAUCAGGAUAACAGGCGACUGAUUGGCUUUGUGGUCCAUCUCAGUGAGACUCUGGGAGAAGAAUCCAUGAGCGCAUAUAUUUUUGAGAGCAACACAGAAGGGGAAAAGAUUUGCUAUGCCAUUAGCUUGGGAAAGGAAAUCAUUGAGGCACAGAAGGACCCAGAAGCAUUAGCUCAGCUAAUGAAGUCUGUGCCAUUAACAAACGAUGGAAAGUUCAUGCUUCUGAAUGAUCAGUCAGAAGGAGAUGGAACUAUACAUGAAGAAGGGGAGGAGUCAGAAGCAUAAAAAGCUCCUGUCGUUUCCUGCAGCCUGUGUGGGAGCAGGAAAAGCAGGGAGCCGUUUUGCAAGAAUCUCUGGUUUUCAGUCAUCUGUGUGCACACGAGGCCAGCUUCUGUCCUCCUGCUAGGGAGAGCGUGGCGUCCUUCCAGUGGAGCUUCCUCUGGAUGUACAAUAGAACAACAGCAGGACUUGACCUUUGAGGCUUUUUGCAUUUGUGACUGUCAGGUGUAGGUCUGCUUGGGAAGCUGACAAUCUCCGGGAAUGUUUCAGCAUUAGCCCCUUGCUGCUGGUAGUUAGGACAGCACAGCUCUCAGCCACAAAGGGUUAAUCUCACUUCUUCAGAUUUACAGUGCCAGCAGCCUACAAUUCCACUGAAAUUAGGGCAAGCUGUAAGCUGGCAGCUCCUUUAACAAAUAUCAGGCCUCAAAUUUCCUGCCGUAGUCAGUUUUCAUAGUUUGCAUGAUUAUGUGCAUCUGAAUGAAGGUUAAAAAUGCACUAUUUACUUUAUUUUCAGAUGAAGUUAUUUUUAGUCUAGUUUUAAGUGUAACAAGAUUUAUCUUUUGUGCUAGCCUAUUUACAAAACAAUUUGUUAAACACUAAAUUUUUCCUAUUAAUAUAAUCUAUUUUUGUAUUGCAUCUAGAAUAAGCUUACAAAACAAAUCUAAGUGCCUACUUGUACCUUCAUGGGGACUGCACUCACAUGUUCUGUAAUUAAAUAAUGGACAUAAUGUACCCCUUGAUUUAUUAUUCUAAAUACCACUGACAUGCAAACAUCAGAAGUAGUCAACAAAUGUGGCAUGUUAGUCCUGUGCAGUUUUUCUAUGGUUAGGUUUCUUAAAAGUUAAGUUGCCAGAGAUGAUAAUUGUAGGACAAAUAAGUACUUUUGUAAUAAGAAUUCUUUGUAUUUUUAACAUUAUGGUGACAUGCAACAGCUGAAACUACCAGCAAUCUUUGGUUUUAAGAAACUGAGCAAUAAAAAGCUAGAUUGUAAGUCUACAAUGUAUUGACUAGUCUCAUAGUACCCUCCUAAAAUUAGACACUAGCUAUAUUUGGUGAAUAAGUUUAGAUUUUUUUUUUCCCCUCCAGU